GGUCGAGCUUAUCUGCUAAUCAUCCCUGAAGAGCCAAAGAGUUUGUACGCUGCCCUUUGGCCUCCAUCCAUCCAUCCAUGGCUCCCGUCGUCUCCCGCGGCGGCGGCGGCGGCGGGCGCGCGAUGGGGGCGAAGGAGCGGAAGGAGGCGGCGCAGCGCGAGAAGGAGGCCGGCGACGAGGCGUACGGCGAGGAGCUGUACAAGAGGGCCGCCGCCCACUAUGCCGCCGCCGCCGACCUCGACCCCGGCGACACCUCCUGCCUCAUCAAACGCGCCGCAGCCAACUUCAGCAUGAACAAGUGCAAGGAGUGCGUGGCGGACUGCGACGAGGCGUUGGGGAGGAGGAGGAGGAGGGACGCGCGCUGCGGCUGCGACGAGAAGCUGGCCGCCGACGCGCUGUUCCUCAAGGCGCUGGCGCUGCUCAACCUCGCCGUCUGCGCCGCGGAUCACGAGCCGGCGAUCACGGCGCUGGAGGGGUCGCUGGAGCUGCGCCCCGGCAGCAAGGAGACGCGGGCUAAGCUGGACAUGGCGAAGAGGAACAGGGACGCGUUUGCGGAGCAGGAGCGGCUCGAUCAGGAAGCUGCCAAGACCCACCGAGACAGAGGCCUAGAACUUCUCCGUAAGAAAAAGUAUAAGGAAGCAGAAAUGCAGUUUUCUGAAGCUAUAAAAAGGAACCCAAGGUAUCCCAAGAACUUCAGUGACAGAGCUCGAUGCCUUGUCGAGCUAAAUUCAUUGCCUAAGGCGCUUGAAGAUGCAAAUCGAUGCAUUGAGCUGGAUGAUACUUUAGGGAUGGGAUAUCUCCGUAAAGGUCUGGUUCAGAUUGCGAUGGCCAAAUAUGAGGAUGCUAUUGCAACUCUCGUAGACGGUUUGAAGCAUGACCCACAAAAUCUCAGUAUUCAUAACAGCCUAAGAGAAUGUGCAGCACGCAUUAAAAUGGCUAAAGACAGUGAUGCCAUAGCAAAGGACUUGACGAAGCACCAAAGAGAAAUAGAAUGUCUGCAUAAACAACUGAACGAAGGUGAGAACAAAGCAUCCAAGGAGCGCUCAAGGCGGAUGAAAUCUGAAAAGCUGGUCAAGACAUUGUCAAGCCAAGUUGAACAACUUAGGUCAGCCAAUGAGCGGAAUGCAAAUCUAGAACGCGAACUCUCAGAAUGCAGAGAGCGUUUUGAACGGCUUCAAUUGAUCCAAAACCGCAUACUUCAACAUUUCACCUGUCCUAUAUCUCAUGAAGUCAUGAAUGAUCCUCUUAUGGCAGCUGAUGGACACACCUACGAAGCUAAGUUUAUCAGGGAUUGGUUCCGCAGAGGCCAUAACACAUCACCAAUUACCAAUGUUGAACUUGAACACAAGAAACUCGUUCCAAAUCGGGCGCUGCGUUCUGCUAUUGAGGAGUGUCGCAAAUAACACAAUAUGAUGCUACUUUUAACCUCUGCUACAAGCAUCACCAAAACUGUUUUUUGUGUUAAGUAACGAACUGAACAACUAUGCUUUAAUAACGAACCAUGAUAUAGCUUUUCAAUAUGCAGAUUCGGAUUUGUAAACUGAGUUUGUGUGAAUUAAACUAUGACCAUUUUGUAAUAAUUUAUUACAGACUCUUGGUAGACCAGUUGAAAUGUUUGCUCAAUUAUAAAAGAAAAUACUCUAUGCAAA